CCGAGCCCCUGGCACCGCCUCUCCCGCUCCGCCCCCGCCAGGGCCCUCCUCUUUGGUGGGCGGAAAAAAAGGAGCCGCCGGUGCCGCCCCUGCCCGGCUUGCCGUCCGCCGGCGCUAUAGCGCAAUCGAAGGGAAACAUUGCAGCGUGGCGGCCGCUUCGGCGGGGAUCGGGCUGCUCUCCUCCCGCAGAGGGGGCGGCAGGUAAGGGCCAGAGCGAAGGGAUGGCGGGCCUCUCGCAGGCGGCGGGGGAAACAACCGGGUUUGGGGGGGUUUCCAUCCCCUACGGAGCUCCGGAGAAUUCUUCCCGGCGGUGCCCUCGGGGGUCAGGGACUUGACGCAUCCCGGGGCAACAGCAUGACUUGGCACUUCGGGGGUUCGGCCAAGUUGCGCGCAGGCAAGGAAGGCGCGUCUCUUUUUCCCCUGGCGGGAAGGGUCGAUGUUCCACCGCAGAGGCGGGGUAGGGGCUUCUGGCUUCCGGGGUGGGAGGGAAAGAGACUUGGGCGAUUUGGGUGGGCACCCGCCGGGCCAACGGCGAUCUGUCCUUUUUCUGCGCCGGGGACCAUGGAGCGGCUUCUUGGGCUGCGCCGAGAUCGCCCCGUCGGGUUUGUAGGUUUUGGUGUCUGAAGUUCCAGAAAGUUUAUAGCGUUUGCUGCGUUAUGCAAGGAGCUGUCUGUCUCUCCCCGAGUGCCCCCCUCCCCCAAAAAACAAACCCUUACAGACAGGUCCGGAAGCAUGUUUGCUCACGAGUAAGCGCCCUCGCCCCCGUUCAGUGGAUCGGUAAUUGUGUUUUGGUUGUAGCGUCCGAUCCUCCUCGCCUUACGUCUACUUAAAGGUCGUUCCCAUUGCGUUAGGUGGCGCUUACUCCCAAGCGCGCAUAAUAAAAAGGAUUGCAGCCGCCAAACUUCGGAUCUGGGUAAAAAUGCACCUGGCUUUGACCACUGGGGUUUUCGGAGGUUUUAUAGCACUCUACACAUUCACUUAUAUUAUUGAUUGAAUUUUUAUACCGCCCUGUACCCAGAGGUCUCAGGGCGGUUCACAGAACAAAAUCAAAAUAUAAAACCUCAAAAUAAAAACAACGACCCAAUAAGCCUGUCUUGUUUGCGCUUCCUUGUUAGGUGCAAAGUUCAAGCAUCUGUGGCCUUUUUGCUGUCACUUUUUAAAAAUUUAUUUUUCAGCUAGCUGUUAAGAGCAACGCGGGGCCCUCCAGAUGGUGGUUUCCAUCUGCCAUUGGCUCCAGCCAGCAUUACUAGUGGUCAGGGAUGACGGGAGUUGUAGUCUCAGAUAAAAACCAGCACUGUUAACGGCGCUUCGAAGUGGAGCAGCAGCAGUCACAACACCUGCUUCAAAACUUCUCAGUUGCCUCUUCCAUGCAGAUGGCAAUAUAGCCUACCGAUAAGAGUUAUUGCAAUUAUGUGUGCGGUUUGUUCAGUCGCAAUACUAAAAUGUAUAGGUAAAGGUAAAGGGACCCCUGACCAUUAGGUCCAGUCGUGACCGACUCUGGGGUUGCGGCGCUCAUCUUGCUUUAUUGGCCAGGGGAGCUGGCGUACAGCUUCGGGGUCAUGUGGCCAGCAUGACUAAGCCGCUUCUGGUGAACCAGAGCAGCUCAUGGAAACGCUGUUUACCUUCCCGCUUUCGAACUGCUAGGUUGGCAGGAGCAGGGACCGAGCAACGGGAGCUCACUCUGUCACGGGGAUUCAAACCGCCAACCUAUUGAUCGGCAAGUCCUAGGCUCUGUGGUUUAACCCGCAGCGCCACCAUGCUAAAUAUUACUAUGAAAAUUUUCGAGGCAACCAGCAGCAUUGUCCUUUAUUAUAACAAUGUGCUGCUGUUUUGAGGAUAAUCGGUUUAGUUGUAGCAUUUACUAUAUUUUAAAAAUUGUCACAGCCUGCUAGUGCUGCAUCUCGGAAGGUUGGUGGUUCGAUCCCACCUGGGGAUGGCUUUGGGCAGGAUUCCUGCAUUGCAAGGGGUUGGACUAGAUGACCUGCAGGGUCCCUUACAACUCAACAAUUCUAUUAUUCAGUAGUUGUAGAGCAGGCACCCCCAAACUCAGCCCUCCAGAUGUUUUGGGACUACAAUUCCCAUCAUCCCUGACCACUGGUCCUGUUAGGUAGGGAUGAUGGGAGUUGUAGUCCCAAAACAUCUGGAGGGCCAAGUUUGGGGGUGCCUUUUGUAGAGCAUGGGCUUUGCGUGUAGAAGGUUCCUGAAUCAAGCCCUGAUAUCUCCAGGAAAGGCUGGAAAAGACCCCUAUCUGAAACCCCGAGGAGCUGUUACUAAUUAGUGUGUAGACAUUAACAAGUUAGAUAGGUAAAUGGAAGUUGGUAUCGUGUCCCCAUGUCCUUUCUGCCUUUUACCAGAAGGCUCAUAUAGCCACAUCUUUAAAGGGGGUGGCUGGAUAACAACCUUAGUGGCAAAGCUAUUUCUCUCGUGUAGCUUGGAAACAGGAUUGUUGACAUGGCAGUGGGAUUUUCCGAGAACCUUUGCACAGAUGUAGAAGUAAUGCAAAUGUGUGGCGAAAGACAUAUAAGGGAAUCAUGACAACUUGCUGCUUUUCCCUUCUAUGUUGUUGUUUUGCACAUGAUUCAUCGUUGUCAGGGUAGCUGCAAGCAUGACAAGAUACAGGAACUGCAUGAUGCUUUGGUCACACCGUUCUGGCCAUGCAUUGAGUUGCUGGGGGUAUUAGUGUUCUUUUAUUUAUAUCAGGCAUGGCCAAACUUGGCCCUCCAGCCGUUUUGAGACUACAACUCCCAUCAUCCCUAGCUAACAGGACCAGUGGUCAGGGAUGAUGAGAAUUGUAGUCCCCAAACAGCUGGAGGGCCAAGUUUGGCCAUGCCUGAUUUAUAUGCUGUUUAAAACACAUUAUCUGCUGUGCAACACUCUUGGGGAACCGUUUGACACCAGCCAUGCCGUUGGGAGUUGAUUCAUCUGUGAUGCAGGGCAUGGGUGUAGCCAAGGCUACGCUCAUGGAUGCAGGCCAUUCUCCGCUAACAUUCCCUCCUGUUGGCAGGUCACAUAAUGCUGUUGUGGAUGUUGCUGGCUUGCAGUUCCCAUCACUCCCUUCCAAGAUUCUCCAGGGGUGAUGGGAAUUGCAGUCUAUAGCUUCUGGAGGAUGCCCCAUAGGCUGCAGGUCAUCCUUUGUAGAAGAGGUUAAAUGUAAAGGGACCCCUGACCAUUAGGUCCAGUCGUGACUGACUCUGGGGUUGCGGCACUCAUCUCGCUUUAUUGACCGAGGGAGCCGGCAUACAGCUUCUGGGUCAUGUGGCCAGCAUGACUAAGCUGCUUCUGGCAAACCAGAGCAGCGCACAGAAAUGCCGUUUACCUUCCCGCUGGAGCGGUACCUACUUAUCUACUUGCACUUUAACGUGCUUUCGUACUGCUAGAUUGGCAGGAGCAGGGACCGAGCAACGGGAGCUCACCCCGUUGUGGGGAUUCAAACCACUGACCUUCUGAUCGGCAAGUCCUAGGCUCUGUGGUUUAGCCCACAGUGCCACCCACGUCCCAAGUGUAGAAGAGGAUAAAUGGACUCAAAUUAGACGAAAAAUGCUUAUACCUAGAAGCCAGUAGGAGAGCAUUUAAGUGUUCUGAGACGUUCUCUCUAAGACAGUCAUGGAUCUUUGACUGUUCUGUUGUCCAUGCUGCCUGGAACAGAUGAGUCCAGCAACACCUGGAGACCUGCAGGUUCCUCAUCCCAGCAGCAGGAUAUUCUUAAACCAAAAAAUAAGUUUCAAAGGAAGACUUCAAUGUGAUGCUACCAAACUGGAAUUCAGCAAAUUUGACUGUACAAAUUGGUUGCUGCAGGUGCUGGAAAUGGAUAGAGAAAGUUCUAUGGAAAGGUUGAUCAUGCACACAUUUGAUUUGCAUAUAUUUGCGCUCUAUCGCUUGACUUUUUUGCCUCACUUUGUUAGAAAAACAAAUGCAUGGCAUUGGGGGUGGGGGUGGGGAAGAGACUUCUCUUUGUACUACUUAAUUCAUUUCAUCUGUCUAUAAAUGUUGACGUUGGCCCAUGGAAGCAAGUUCUGCAAUAAUUUGUUUUUGUUGACACCUGGAAGAUCUGUCAGUACCUGCUGAUGGUAAAGCUGAUUGGAUGUAAUGCUGUAGCUCAGAAACUUGAGCUAUGAAUCGGGAAGAUCCCAGUUCAGAUCUGGAGUCUGCUAUGAUUUUGGGAAGUAGGCUAGGUAAGCCAGUCUCUGCCUCAAGCCCCACCUGCAGAAUUGGGGUGGGGGGGAGAGAGGAUGAAUUGCUGAAAUAAAUGCUGAAUAAAAUGACAUUUUCUAAUUUAAAUAUUUCACUGUAAAAGUAGAGAAAGAGCCAAAAGGAUUUAUCCCAUACCAUCAAGUAUGAUCUAUAAAAGCCAGUUAAGACUGCAAUCCUUACCUCUCAAUAAGUCUGAUUGAUUUUAACGAGGCUUACUUCUAAGUAGACAAAUAUAGGUAGUCAAGUAUAGGCUAGCACUCUUAGGUCGUCAGUCUUACUAGCGGGUCAGCCCUACUUAAGGCAGUGUGUCUAUGUGCCUUCAGAAUUGUGCUGUUAAGUAAGUAUCAAAAUUCUUAGAGAGCAAGUGUCAAAUCCUGACGUGUUUCAGAUUGAGCAUAUUAGGGGUAAUGUCAGAAAUAAAGUUUGCCAUCUCAGUACUCGGGCUUCCACUAUCGGUAGCUAACCUGGUGAAGGUGUUAUGCUUGAACGUGAUUAUUUUGAAAAUGGAAAUGUUUUGAUCAGUUAUCUAGUAGGGUUGUUCAAUACCCAGGUUUAUUGACAGGUGUGCCUUUAAGAGGGGAACUGGCUGGUGUUGCAGUGCUGAUGGCAUGUCUCUGAACUGCUGCUAAGCAUCCUAGCAGCAAAACAGCAAAUAUAAAUUUGGAUGGAUGAAUCUAAUUGUAGUGAGAAGGAAGUGGAGGGGGGGGAAAAAAGCCCCAAAGUUGUAAGUCUAUUUUUUUAAAAAAAUGGCUUCUGUUAAUUCAGAAUAUUCUUUCGCUACUUAAAAAAGUCUUGUGUUCCAGGCUCUUUUUAUUAAGAGUGCUUAGUUUUCAAACAAGUAGGGAAGAGCAAACAUUGUGUGUUUGCCAAAGGGCCAAACCAGGCAUUUGUCUUUAGCAAUUUCUUCUGAUUUUUUCUGUUUAAUACUAAGCAGGGGGGUGAUUUUCACUGGGACCACAGCACACAGGAUGGAGAGGCUUAACCCUUACCUCCCCAGCUUUGACUUCAACAAAAGUCUGCUUCCCCACAUUGCAAUUAGCCUUGGUGGCAGUGGGACUCGCACUGGUACCAAACUGGCCAAAACCCUGUGCCUGAUAGUAGUAGCACUAUUUUUAGCAGGUGGAAAUCCUGCUCUUUCUUUCCCACGUGGGCCUUCUCUGAAUUUUACCCUAAUUCAGGCACCCCCAAAAUUGGCCCUCCAGCUGUUUUGGGACUACAACUCCCAUCAUCCCUAGCUAACAGGACCAGUGGUCAGAGAUGAUGGGAAUUGUAGUCCCAAAACAGCUUGAGGGCCGAGUUUGGGGGCACCUGCCCUAAUUCUUCUGCGGAUCUUUUUUGCUGAACUGAUUAGAUUUAGAAUAAGGAUGUUUUUCGCGCUUCGUAGCAACGGAGCCAACCCAAGGAAUAGAAGAAGAGGAGUUUGGAUUUGAUAUCCCGCUUUAUCACUACCCUAAGGAGUCUCAAAACGGCCAACAAUCUCCUUUCCCUUCCUACCCCACAACAAACACUCUGUAAGGUGAGUGGGGCUGAGAGACUUCAGAGAAGUGUGACUGGCCCAAAGUCACCCAGCAGCUGCAUGUGGAGGAGCGGAGACGCGAACCCGGUUCCCCAGAUUACGAGACUACCGCUCUUAACCACUACACCACACUGGCUCUAGGAAGCUCUUGCUAUCUAGGAAGCUGUUGGUCAUUUUGUGGGUGUUACAUCUGCCAGAGGCUUAUCUAGAAGAGUGCUCUAGACCAUUCCGGGCUAGGAGAACCAAGUCUAGCUGCAUUACAUUGCCUAUUGGUGCCAUGAAAACACAUAUGGAUUGGGCUAGGGAGAUAGAUGGGAAUUCUGUUUCCCAGCCCCUCAAGACGACUGUACAUGCAAGCAGUUACCAGUUUCCUUUGACCUGAUUUGGGUUAAUUUCUGCACAGCACCUUUCCCGGCCUACAGGAUUCCAGAACACAAAAUAGUAUUCUGAUUAGCUAUUGUGCGUGUGUUUAGUUUGCUGCUGUUAAUUUGUGAAAUUUGAAGUGCAGCCGCUUCCUAAGCUCUCCUGGCUUGCCAUGCCUUGGGCAAAAUGUUCUGGAAAGCACAGCAAGCUCCCAUUCGUUUAUGGGCCCAGUAGCAGAUUUCUCUUAUAAUUAUGGAUAACCAAGAAUUUUCUUCCUGGCCGUAUGAAUACCGAUCAGAUGAAGAUGUAAGCUAUUUCUGGCAUGGUCCCUGCAUGUUUUGGAGAGAUGCCAUACUUUCUUGUUUGGAUUACACUGUUAUUUCUGUGUUUGCAAUUAUAUGUACAAGGGAUAUCCUGCGGUCUCUGUGUUGUAUUGUAGCUUUUUUCUGCCUGGAGAGACAGAAAAGACCAUUGAUGAAAUAUACGCCCCAAGCCUACUGCCACGCAAACACCACAGUGUGUGCUCCGGACAAUGGUGUAAGAAGGCACAUGGGUGGUAAAUCCUAGCGUUGUACCUAGGAGCUACAUGCAAGUGUUGCUUCUGUGUGGAAGAACAUUGCUAGAAGAGACAGUAGCCCCCUUGUCCAUGGGCUAACACACAGCUAUGCCAGCCAUUCCAUGUUGGCAGGGAAACAGUUGGUAAAUUAGACUUCAGCUGUGGUGGCACAGGACAUGGUUUCCACUGUUGUAAGUAAUGCCAUUGUGGACUCUCAUGCUACCAAGGUAUUAAAUUUUCAGUGGGCCAAAGUACCAUGUGGAAGAUCUCUUGUUGGAUGCCCCAAUGUUUUCUUUUUUAAUGAAAUGGAGCCACAGGGAGCUGACAAUAUCGGGGUUCUUUCUCCAUGUAUAUUUAUAUUUUAAUGGAUGUUUCAUUCUUUUUAUUGUGCUUUUUGGUGCUUGCUACCAUUUCCCACCUAUAAGUUAUAAAAUACCUUUAUCAAUAUUAUGAUGAUGGUGAUUUAUUCCAAACCUGAGCUUCUGUUUGCCGUGAGUGGAGAUGUAUUGUUUUACCUACAGAAUCUUUGAGGGGUGAUGGCAGUUUUGUUUGAGAAAACUGCACCGGGGAGUGAAACAUCCCCUUCCUCUUGGUCAAAUCAGCAACCACCCAUGGCUACUUUUCAUUUAAAAGAGAGUUCUGGCCACACACCUCCUAUAUACCAUGUAGCUUGGCACAAUGAUUUUAAAUAAUAUCUGUCACAUAUAAGGACACAGUGCCAAUUCCAAUCUGCUGGUUCUGAUGUUGCAGCUGGCUACACAGACAGACUCUAAUUGAUGGCUUAUCCUUGUGCGACACCAAGUUAACAGAUAUUAAUGUUCAAAGAACAAGAAAGACAGGAGCAGUUAUCCUAUUCAUCAUAGUGUCACCCUCAGACAAGACACACUUGCACAGAGGAUGACACUGAUAGUACAGUAAUAUCAUGGCUGUGUGGUUGGCAACUCACUACUUUUACUUCUUGGUCUCUUUGCGGAUCCAUGCUUCUCAUAUGCAUAGGGCAUCAGUUACAUCAGGGGUCCCCAAACUAAGGCCCGUGGGCUGGAUAAGUCCCAAGGGACUUGUUUAUCCAGCCUGCAGCGCUGCCCGCUGCCCACUCUUACCGGCACUGCGCUGUGUGGCUGCCCACUUCCAGGUUAGAGGAGCACCAGAAAUAGCUUGUAUACAUGCGCAAGCGUUAUUUCCGGUGCACAUCCGGGUUGGAAGAGGCUCAUGCACAUGCGCACAAGCUAUUUCCGGUGCUCCUCUGACCUGGAAGUGCGCCGGAAAUAGCGUAUGGGCACGCGCUCCCCCGCCCUCCGGCCUGCCGCAGAAUCGGCGCUGGAGACACUGUUGACCCCUGAAUUAGAGGAUCUUUAUGAGUAGUGGAUGGAUACUUGCGCGGGGGGGUGCACAUUAAUAAUGGCACUCAGUGAUUUGCACUUGAAAAAGGAAUGGUUGUGUUAAGGGGUGUGAGAGAGAGUUGGCUUUGUGCAAACUUCACUCCCUACACUCUUGGUCAUAUAACCAUAGAAUCACAGAAUUGUAGCGUUGGAAGGGAACCCAAGGGUCAUCGAGUCCAACCCUCGAAAUGCAAAAAUCACAGCAACCAUCUUCUUAUUUCUCCUUGUAUAUGCCCAGUUGCUCGACGCAAACAUGGAAGUAAGUGUUCCUGUUUGCGAACGUUUUUCGGAAGCCGAACAUCCGACACAGCUUCCACUUGACUGCAGGAAACUCCUGCAGCCAAUCGGAAGCCAUGUCUUGGUUUUCAAACAGUUUCAGGAGUCAAACAGACUCCUGGAAUGGAUUAAAUUCGAGAACCAAGGUACCAUUGUAGUUGUUUAUUUCCUUGACAUCUGAAGGGAUGGUGUCCCACAGGGUGGGAGCCACUACCAAGAGAAAUUUUAUUCGGUGGAGCAAUAUAUAUGUUUUCCAUUGGAACAUAUUUCGGGGAAUUUUUGUCUCUAGUCGUGGUUGUCUAUCAGUGUCAAUGAACCAAGCGUGUGGUAAUCAUAUCGCUUCUUACCUGAGUACAAAGUGGGAGUUUACUGGGAUUUGCCAGUCAGGCAAGCCUCCCUUUUAUGGUAUGUGCAUUGUGUGGGAUCUAAUGCUAUUAUUGGUUUUAUUGGGAGCAAGUUGCCUGGCACCCUCCUCUGCCCCCUACCCAAUUUCCACAAGUCCUAAAAGAACACCAUGUACCCAUUUGUGUUCCAGUCCCUCACAUGCCCAGCUAUGGUUGGGAAUGUUUUUUGGAGGGACGAUUGACAUUAAUAAUGAACUUGGUGGUUUGUUAACUAUCAGAGUAGUGCCAGUGCAUGGACCCAUAAGUGUCUUCCUGUUCUUUUUUAAUGUCAACAUCUGUAAAAUUACAUAAGAAUCGGAGACCUUCAUGGGAAAAGCAAUCUGUAUUUCAAACAAAUUACUUCAAUGGUUCCAAAGUCUUACUCAGUCUAGAAAAUCUGUGUUGCUUGGCUUUUAUUGAUUUCUCUCUCUCUCUCUCCCCAAUGCUAGGUGCAGCACAAUGCAAGAAGUCAACAAGUCUGAAACUUUGAAACAAGAAUGGUGGGUAUUUUUCGGUUACGUUGCAUUUUUGCCGUUUGUGAUCUCAUGCCUUUUAAAUACGGUCUUACAACGAAACUGAUUUUUUAUUAAUAGAUAAGCCUUUGGUAAUGGAGUCGAGAUGUGACCCGUGGGGCAAUUAGGGGUCCAUUAUUGCUUAGGUUGGAACGGAUUCUUGAGGCACAUACUUUGAGGGACAAAUCCACUGGGGGCUUCAAAUUGCUAUCAAGCCAGCUGUUCUUGGGAAUAAUUGUCUGGCGGCUGUGGCCCUGACCCAGGCAUUGUUAUUGAUUUGGUCCGUGUCGUGCUUCCAGAGGAGUGUUGCUUUUUGCCCUGGUAGCAAAAGUCCAGACAGAUUCUGACAUAGAUACAUCAGGCAUAUAGGGGAGUCUCUCUCUCUCUCUCUGUCUUUAUUCCAGGAUGGAAGAUCUACAGUAGGGCUGUUGAGGGAAGGAGGGAUGAGUAUAAAUUAACUUUACCCAACCUUCCACGAGUGGGAGCAGUCAGUCAGUCAGUUUCAUUGCACAUAGUUUUACUGCCGCAGUGUACACAGAAUCAUUCAACAAUUAAAAGAAAAUAUACUGGAUUGAUACAAAAAACUUAAAACAUUUAUAUUAUCAAGACAUUACCUACUCUAAACAGAGCUAUAAAAGUAACUUAAUAUACAAGUUAAGACAUUAAACAAUAACAUUUAUAAGCUAAAAUUAUCACAUGGCCACUAAUAUAUUAGAAAAUAAUGUUAAUUAAUACAAUGCGCAAUUAUAUUCGGAGUUUGGUGAUAAAGAUAGAAUAUAGCUUGAUGUAGAUAGGGUCAAAUAAAUUCAUCUCCUUUACAGUUGGUGGCUUCCUUGGCUAUAUAAUUUGCUCUAAUUUUCCUAGUGGCAGUUGCAAAGAGUGCUACACGCCAGGUCACAUGCUUAUCUGUGUCUGCGAGGAGAUAUAAAAUCAUGUCAGAGGGGUUCUGGCCAGGGGACCUUGUCAUUAUAGGUGCUAAAAAUCUUUCUCUUGCUUCAUUAUAUAAGGGGCAGCGCAAGAUAUAAUGCAUAAGGUCCUCUGCUUCAGGACAUCCCCUAACCAGUGGGAGCAACUCAUAAGAACUGGGAACUGAAGAUGCAGCCCAUGCAGGGAUGAACCAUAGCAUAGAGAACUUGGGAACGGACGGCACAAUAAUUACCAUGGAAGGCUGGGCGAGAGGGGUUUUCUGUUAAGGAAGGAGCUUGUGUACAGAAUAAGAGGGAGAGGGGAAUUGUUACAGGGAAGAGAUUGGGUGCCUCAAUGAAAGCUGAAGGGUGGUAUCCAGUGCUUUUUUUCUUUAAAAAAUGUUUAGGGGUACUGUCAUUUUGACUCAAGAAAAUCACCAUUUUAUAGUUGAAAUUGGGAAAAAUAAAUACAGUAAAUGGACAAAAGUACAAAGAUUCACAAAAUGUUUAGGGGUGUGCGUACCCCUGCUUCCCCCCAGAAAAAAAGCACUGGUGGUAUCCAACUAAGCCCCCCUGAGAGCAGCAGACCCAUUGAAAUUAAGUUAGGUCCAUUAAUUUCAGUAGGCUUACUCUGAGUAAGAUUUGACUGCAACACCUGAAUUUGGGGAUGUGCUUGGGACAGAUCCAGGCAUGACGCAAGAAGGCCUAGAGGUUCUGUCCAUCUGAUCGGCCCACUGAUGUAAAUAUAUCUAGAUUCUAGACCAAGGGAAACACUGGCGUUUGAAUGAUUUGUCUACUCUGCCCAUACGGUGACAUCUAAAUUUGGGAGGCAGGCUGCUAGUAGUGUUAGUCUCAACCUCCCCUGGCUGGAACAAGGCCUUAAUCAUUACUUGUUGGAUACAUUGCGUGUCCUAAAAAUCCUUUGUCCUGCAGAGCCUUAAAUGCUUUGUCAGGCUAGUUUGCUUCCUGUUCACGGUUUCCUCUCCUCUUGAAGGACACAGCUGCUGCUGCUGCAGGCUGAAGGGAGCGUUAUGGCUUCUGUCAUGCCACGUUAUUAAGCCUUCUCCUUUAUAAUAAAGUGCCGAGGUAAGCUUGCUGUGAAAGAAGAAAGCUGCUCUCUUCUGAUCUUUUGCUUUGCAAAAGCAGCAUUUUCCUUCCAAAACAGCUUUUGUUUGUAGAGCAGAUGAAUGGGUUUUCCCACCCCCACGCACCCAGCACUUGUACCUAUACAGUAUAUUUUAGGAGCGUUAAAUGCUCUCUUAAAUGUUUUGUGUUUGCAAGUAAAUGUGAAAGAUCAUGGGUGGUAUCCAGUUGCAUAAUUGGACUUGGAGCUGAACAAUGUAUAUUCUCUGCCCUCUCCCCUCUCUGCACAACCCCUAAAUCGGCUUCAAAGAGUGGGAGGAAAUCCCAGAAAAUAUUUAGGGGUGGUGCAUGGAAAUCGUUGAACUAGUGGAACUAUUUAGCUGGAUACACCACUGCAUAGGGCUUCUUUCCCUUUCCUUUCCCAAUAAUAAUAAUAAUAAUAAUAAUAAUAAUAAUAAUAAAUUAAUUUUAUUUAUACCCCGCCCUCCCCAGCCAGAGCCAGGCUCAGGGCGGCUAACACCAGUAAAAUUACAGUAAAAACAUAAUGGGGGGGACGGGCACCAAUUUAAAAUACAGGUUAAAAUGCAAUUUAAAAUGCAGCCUCAUUUUAAAAGUAGCCCAUAGAUCAAAACCAUAAGGGGAGGGAAACAUAAAAGGGUCAGACUGAGUCCAAACCAAAGGCCAGGCAGAACAGCUCUCUCUUGCAGGCCCUGCGGAAAGAUGUCAAAUCCCGCAGGGCCCUAGUCUCUUGUGACAGAGCGUUCCACCAAGUCGGAGCUAGUACUGAAAAGGCCCUGGCCCUAGUUGAGACUAUUCUAACCACCUUGCGACUUGGGACCUGCAAAAUGUUGUCAUUUGUGGACCUUAAGGUCCUCCGUGGGCAUACCAGGAGAGGCUGACCCAUAGGUACGUGGGUCCUAGGCCGCAUAGGACUUUAAAGGUCAAAACCAGCACCUUAAACCUGAUCCUGUACUCCACUGGGAGCCAGUGCAGUUGGUAAAGCACUGGAUGAAUGUGAUCCUGCGGCAAGGACCCCAUAAAGAGCCUCGCUGCGGCAUUCUGCACCCGCUGGAAUUUCUGGGUCAGCUUCAAGGGAAGAAGAAGAAGAAGAAGAAGAAGAAGAAGAAGAAGAAGAAGAAUAGGCCCUUUUUAACUAAACAACAGUCACAGUGAUAGGAGCAUGCCCCCAGCCUGCCUCCUCCAUCACAACACACAGAACAUACAAUGCCACAGCAUUCCCAGUGGGAAUCUACCCGUGGCCCUCCUAGCCGCUGCUCUGUGAACGCAAUAUAGAAAGAGGAGGUAGGAGAGCCUACACCAGAGUUUCUCAACCUUGGGUCCCCAGAUGUUGUUGGACUACAACUCCCAUCAUCCCUGAGCUUUGGCCUUGCUAGCUAGGGAUGAUGGGAGUUGUAGGGCAAAAACAUCUGGGGACCCAAGGUUGAGAAAGGCUGGCCUACACAAUGUGGCACACACCUAGCUCCAAAGGCAGGGGGUCUGCAGAGAGAGCGCAAAGACCUCCUGGGGUAAGGGUUCAAGAUCCACCCUGAGGAGGAAAAUGCUCUUUUGAGGAGCCGCCAGAGGAGCAGGCCAGGCAGGACAUGCAACAAGGGCAGCCGCAGAGACUCAUUGGCAGUGGCUGCUUUUUUUCUGGUGACUCCUUGCAAAAAAACACACACGCAGGUUUGGGAAGCCUCAGAGUCAAACUGAGAUUAUUAUUUUUUUUUAAACCAAUUUAACCAAACGUCAUUCUAUAAAAAAGUUUAUUUUGGAAAAGGGAGAAAGAGAAGGGGGUUCACUCUAUUUUCUGCCUAAGGAGAAGAAAAAACCAUUUGAAACUGAGAAAAUGUAUUGGACACAAAAUCCAAAACACGGUUUCCUCAGGAGCACUUCUGAAUCCCAGAUACUCUAUAGGUCUGCAUCAGAAUAUAGGGGUUUGUUACUGCCCCAUUGAACAUAGUGGAACAAACUUCUGAAUAAACACACAUAAUAUUGCACUGUAAAGUAAAUUAUCCAUAGAGCUGCUAAUCAGUAUAAUGUCUAACUCGCUUUUACAUUGUGGAUCUUUGUUUAUGCAUAAAGUAUAAAUGGACUACUUCAGACAUGCAUAUUGUAUUACCAUCUUAAGUUCUUUAAUUAUUUAGAAUUAUUAAGAUCAAUAAUUAAAUGUGCCCCAGGGUGGUUGUUGUUUUAAAAAUGUGCACAUAUUUAUUACAUAUAAACACAAUGACUACCCUUCAGUAAUGCUUAGUUUAGGUCUGUUCUUAAGCUAAAGGUAUGCUCUGGUCAAUGGGGUCACAAAGAGUUGGACACGACUAAAUGACUAAACAACAACAACAACAACAUAACACAGUGUUACUAGAUAGUUGACUGUGGAGGAUAUCUCUACUUGCUAAUGUUGUCACCCAAAGAGUAUUUUUUGACUAAAGACCAGGGACCAUAUUUUAUAAAUAGGAGAGAAGGAGCUGGAGUUGGAUCUGCAGACUGAAACACAAGAAGAAGUUGAGAAAGGUUGGAGAAUCAUCUGGUAUAAUCUGCAGCAAGGCAGGAUCUUACAGACCUUAACAGUCCUGCCCUGCUCAUCUAUAACAUAUACACUAAUAAACUAGGGCGCACUAAAAUGACACAUAUUUAGUCCUCUUGUCUUACUACAAGUAAUAGACUGCCACAGUGAAGUGAGAAUCGAUGCACCAGGAUAGCUACGCUUGCAGUUAACAAAGGAAUGUGAAGCACAUCUAGAUUGUUCAUAUCAAAAUGAGCCAAUUGCCAGGCCACAUUAAAUCUGGUUCUAACUUGGAAGCAGCUUGUGGACAGGUACAUACUCCAUUUGCAUAUGAAUUCCCCCACUGCCCACCCCACCCUACCAAAUUUGGCCUUGGUAGCUGGGCUGAAAUAUAACCAGAAACACCACUAAGUUUACUUUGAGGAAAAAAAUUAUAAAUCUGAACUGGGACAUUAUAGAAUUCAAGGCGACUUGUAUUACAGAGUGGGCCAUUAUAGAGUGCAAGAGUGCAAGCACCAAAAGUUAGCUACCUCGUCUGAUUUGGAGGAUGGAGGUGGUUUUUCUGAUUCCAGGUACGUUACUGAGGCUGCCUCGUUAAGCGGAAGAUACUUUCAAAGAAAUAUAACUAGCUGUUGCUGGUGUUUAGGGAUUUGUGAACCUCCUGUUCUAUGGCUGGCCUGAUCUAUGAUACUCCUAUCUUGUUGUUGUUGUUGUUUAGUCGUUUAGUCGUGUCCGACUCUUCGUGACCCCAUGGACCAAAGCACGCCAGGCACUCCUGUCUUCCACUGCCUCCCGCACUUUGGUCAAACUCAUGCUGGUAGCUUUGAGAAUACUAUCCUAUCUUACUGCGCAGUAUUUAGGACAAGGUGCACACUCAUAAUUUUCUGGAAUGCUUACAAGAAUGUUUGGUUCAGAUUUAACAUAACUGACAGGCCAAUAGACAUGUGGUUUAAGUCAAGCAUUGUGUUUCAUAUGCACCUUCCUUCCCCCCCCCCUUUUCCUUUUUUUUGCAGGGCUUGCAAACCUAGAACUGAUGACCAAAUUCAUGAUGGUGCAGACCAGAAAGGCUGUGAUCUUUUUAUUGAUGACCUUUUUGAAGAAGCACAGAAAUUUGGAGCUGUAUGCACGCAACAGUCUCAAGUUAAAAAUAGAGUAUGUGAGUUUAAGUAGUUGUGUACAAUUUUGUUUAAGGUUUUUCUUUUAAUGUAUGCAGUACUACAAGCUGUCUUUUUCUUCUUCUUCUUAAUUUCAUUUCUAUGUCGCAUUAUAAUUUUAAGGGGGGGGGGGGAAUCAAUGUGGUUUACAACCUACAUUAAAAUAUCAAACAAAACCAUCCAGAAUAAAACAUUAUUCUGUACUGAACAAAUUCAAGUAUACAUUCAAAGCAACAUAAUUAAUGGGAAGUCAAAUAUAAAAUGCACAUUUAAAACAGCAUAAUUAGCAAGAGGAUAAAGUUUUAUCAUAAGAAUAGAACAUAUCUGCUGCUAUUGCUGCCAAAUCCUGGUUCAGCGCAGCAGUGGCUGUGGAAUGUCAGUCUCAAUGACUUGAGACGGCACUAAAGGCAAAGGGACCCCUGACUGUUAGUUCCAGUUGCGGACGACUCUGGGGUUGCGGCGCUCAUCUCGCUUUACUGGCCAAGAGAGCCAGUGUACAGCUUCCAGGUCAUGUGGCCAGCAUGACUAAGCCGCUUCUGGCGAACCAGAGCAGCACACAGAAAUGCCAUUUACCUCCCCGCCAGAGCGGUACCUAUUUAUCUACUUGCCCUGGUGUGCUUUCGAACUGCCAGAUUGGCAGGAGCAGGGACCGAGCAACAGGAGCUCACCCUGUUGUGGGGAUUUGAACUGCCGACCUUCUGAUCGCCAAGCCCUAGGCUCUGUGGUUUAACCCACAGCGCCACCCGCGUCCCUUGAGUCUGCACUAAGAGACAGCUAAACCGUUCUCUCCAGAGGACCCACCCACCCCUUGAAAUCUACCACCCACCCAGAAUGCAAGCAACAAAGAUAAGGAAAGGGGGGGUGGAAUAUAUAUGUGUGUGUCCCCAUAUCCAUGCCCUUUAUUUUCCAAAUCUGCAGAUCCAGAUGUUCUGGUAUGAUUUUCUAGUCCCAGUGCAUACUAAAAACCAACUCAUUCCUUGUUGGUGACAGCACUCGCAUAGAGUGGUCUAGGUUCAGUUGUUGCAAAGCCAAUAGCUGAGCAAAUGUUCUGCUUACAAAUGUUCCCCAGUGCAAUUCCUGGUAUCUCUGGGAUGGGGUGGGUGGGAAAGGGCCCUGUCUGAAUCCCUGGGGAGUCACUGCCUAGUCAUUGUAAAUCAGGGGUCAGCAAAGUUUGGUAGGCAAACUAAGGCCCAGGGGCCAGAUGCGGCCCAAUCGCCUUCUAAAUCCGGCCCGCCGACGGUCCGGGAAUCAGCAUGUUUUUACAUGAGUAGAAUGUGUCCUUUUAUUUAAAAUGCAUCUCUAGGUUAUCUGUGGGGCAUAGGAAUUUGUUCUUUUUCCCCCUUCAAAAUAUAGUCACCACAUGGUCUGAGGGACGGUGGACCGGCCCCCUGCUGAAAAAGGUUGCUGACCCCUGUUGUAAAUAAACCCUGAGCUGGUGGGCCAGUGAUUGACUUGGCAUAAGGCUGUUUCCUAUGCCGCUUUCCUCUGUUUUAUUUGGAUAUGUUUUAUGAACCUGCUGCUUGCUUGUUGUGACAUAAUGUUCAUUUGAGUUUAUUUUGCUUUGCAGGUUGAUACAACAAUUAAAUUAUGGAAAAAUGGGUUCACGGUGAAUGAUGGCGAGCUCCGAAGCUACACAGAUGUUGCAAACAAGCGUUUCUUGGACUCGAUUAAAAAAGGGCAAGUCAGCUUUGUAUGUUGAGCCAAAUUGCACAAGCACAGCUCUGGCUUAGCACAGAGAUGAGGAGGCCUGGGAGGCAAAUGCAACUUUCCAAAUUUGGCCCUUGAGAUUUUUCCUAGACUGUACCACCUCCCCAGCCACAUGCACCCUCUCCCUAGGUCAUGCCAGUCACUGUCCCGCCUUCACAUGUUUUUGCCUUGUUGAAAUAUGUUAUUGAACUCUGAGAAUGCCUGCUGUAUGCCUGGACAGUUCCCCACUCUAGGAUUAGUGCAGUGUAUGAAACUGGGCUUGCUCCAGACAGACUGUGAACUGUGAACCCAAGAAUAAGCCAUGAUUAUAGCUCAUAGUUUGUCUGAAGGGGGCAAACCAUGAUCCCAUGUUUGCCAUAAACCAUGGCCUAUGUUGUUGCUCUUACGUAAUUGUGGUGAUAAAGAAAAAUAGGGGUGGUUAGCUUUUGCUGCCCAACUCCCCAAGGGACUGAGUCCUCUAAGUCAUAGAUGAAUUGUUGGAGGCAGGAUGCAGUGAAAGCAAGGCAGAUCUUUAUUUUUCUGUUGCAACAGAGUUCCCUCCUUCCUAGCAAGGAGGCAAGAGAGACCCAGAACCAAGAAGAAACAUCUCUUCUAAGGGUUUGCAUUUUGGCACGGAGAAGAAGGGCAUCCCCUCUACAAACAGUCAGAAAUUACAUCACACAUAAGGUGGGAUUACUGUGGCUCAGGCAGGCCUAGGUGUGAUAUUCCUGAAGAUUUAGCAAGUUUCACAUAGUUCCAGACACAAUUUACACAAAACAUCAGCAAUUUGUUUAGACAAUCAGGAUGCUGGUCAGACAUCCCUCAGUGCAGAGCAAACAAUGACAAUUAAUACAAAAGAGGUUCAAAGAUACAAGAGAGGAAUCCUUUCAGGAACUUCCCCUGAUUGCUAUCUGUUCUCAGGCAAGGGAGAUUAAGGGGGCAGAGGAAAUAUUUAGAGUCUUUAGGAGAGCAAAGAUGGCUUUUGGAUUGCUCUCCUGUACUAUUUUAGACGUGGUUUAUAUAUGUAUGUGUGUUUACCUUGUGCAAUUAUCAACAUCUCUAUUUGAGACCUUAGAAUUCCUAUAACAGUGGCUAUGGUGAGUUUUUCCUUUCAACUAAAAUCUUCUUUAAAAUAUCACUUUCCACACGCAUAGGAACUUUUUCUAUGUUUAUUUUAAAGGGAGCUGCCUCUUGAGUUGCAGAAGAUUUGUGAUAAAGAAGAGGUGGACAUUAAGGUAGACGAUAAGAAGAACGAGGUGUAUGCUUUGAGAAAGCCACCGUUCCAUCCUUUCUCUGGACAAGGCUACAGAUUAGGAAGGUGAAGAGCCUGGUAUUUCUAUAAAACUAAAAAAUGGUUUGGGGAAAUAAUUAAGGUUGUUGCUCUUGCUUCCUUCUUUGAGACUGCAAUCCAAUACUCACUUUUCUGGGAGCACUCAGCGGGGCUUACUUCAGAGUAGACAUGCAUAGGAUUACAAUAUCAACAGGGUUUUUUCAUAGGUUUAGCCUGACUCUCAGGAUUUUGAUUAUAACUUGUAAAGGAGAGACAGGCAACUUGCUUUAAGAUGUAGCCCUCUUACGGUGGCUACUGCUGCAGUCGACUUAGACCAGCACAGGGUAGUAGUAGUAGUAGUAGUAACAACAACAGCAGCCACUCUGGGCAACUCCCAACAGAAUAUUAAAAACACAAUAAAACAACAAACAUUAAAAACUUUCCUAAACACAGCUUCCUUCAGAUAUCUUCUAAAAGUCAGAUACAGUGGUACCUUGAGUUACAAAUGCCUCAGGUUACAAACGCUUCAGGUUACAAACUCCGCUAACCUGGAAGAGUUACCUCGAGUUGAGAACUUUGCCCCAGGAUGAGAACGGAAAUUGUGUGCCGGCAGCGCAGCGACAGAAAGAUGCCCCAUUAGUGAAAGCACGCCUCUAGUUAAGAACAGUUUUAGGUUAAGAACGAACCUGCGGAACGAAUUAAGUUUGUAACUAGAGGUACCACUGUAGUUGUUUAUUCCCUUGACAUCUGAAGGGAGGGCAUUCCACAGGGCGGGGCGCCACUACCGAGAAGGCCCUCUUCCUGGUUCUACCUCACCAGCAACUAACAAAUCAUUAGUAAUGAUGUUAACUGUCUAAUUCUAAACAUCUAUUCAGAAGCAAGUCCUGCUGAGUCCAGUGAGGCAUAUUCCCAGUAAAGUGAGUACAGGAUUGACUCCAAAAAGAACAGUAAAUGCAGAAACUGCUAUAGCAACAACCGUAGCAACGGAACAGUUCCUUUAUCAAUCACCACUGUGCAAAUUCCCUUUCAAAGUGCAGGGCAAGAGUUCAUUAGGAUGCCUAAUCGGUCCUGCUGUUCUGACAAUAUUUAAUUAGCCGAGUUAACCCGACCUGUUUAUCUGACUAGCCAUUGUUGUUGGGAAGAUAUUGAACCCUAUCCAGACCAGGUCACUUGGGGGGGGGGGUGGAAAUCCCUUAUGCUGAUCCAUUGGGACUGUGUCCCAUUGUAAAUAUGUCGCAGGUGUGACCUAUCGUGGGGGAGGAGAUGUCGGCCAAAAUAAUCUCUACUUCUGAUUAGGAAAUAGUCCUCUGCCAUUACAUGUACAAGGCAACAGGUUGGCUCCACCAUACAUGUGCGAACCUGUCCCAUGCUUUCCAUUAAAAAUGAAGUUUGUAUGGUGAGGAAGGAAGGUUGCAAUGUUAAAAUGCUACUUCUGGGAGCCGUUCUGUACUUGACGAUGGCACGGACCCAAGUGUGCUCCUUUUACUGGAAGGGGUUAUCAAAAAAAUACGCAAGUUCUCCCUGAUUUCAAAGUUUCGGAAGGUGUUGAUGGAUAGACAAAAUCUUAUCGAUUGAUAGAGCUUAUUCUAUUUUCUAGAAAUUGUUUUUUCUCAUGCAUAAUUUUGCCAUUCAGAUUUCUUGUGUAUAUUAUGAUUGAUUGAUUUAAAAUAGUGAUAUCUCUGUCUUUCCAGUAAAAAUACAGUGGUGCCUCGCAAGACGAAAUUAAUCCGUUCCGCAAGUCUCUUCGUCUUGCGGUUUUUUCGUCUUGCGAAGCACAGCUAUUAGCGGCUUAGCGGCUUUAAGAAAAAGGAAACAAACUCGCAAGAACUCGCAAGACAUUUCGUCUUGCGAAGCAAGCCCAUAGGGAAAUUUGUCUUGCGGAACGACUCAAAAAACGGAAAACUCUUUCGUCUAGCGAGUUUUUCGUCUUGCGAGGCAUUCGUCUUGCGGGGCACCACUGUACAAAUAAAGUCCAUGGUAAGGUAGAAAGAGAAUCGUAUUUCAAACAAUAAAGCCACAAAGAGGCAAAUUAUAAAUCACUGCUCCCUUGAAGAGGGAACUGGAAUACCGGAGUGCCUACAAGCUUAAAAACAGAACAGGGAUUUUAAUGAGAUAGCAGUUUUUACAUGCUUAUUCUUGAGUUAUUCUGCCAGCCUCAAAUGCACUUUUUUACAUUACCAAAUAGACUGAAAAAUUAGACUGCUUUUAAUUUAAACAUCUUUUAAGGAUGUAGUAAAAAUGCUAUUGUUUCAUCUAUUUGUUGUUGAUGGGAUUAAAGCUAUCUAGCCUUUAGAAGCAUUUUGAAGUCAUCAGAAAAUAAGAAUAGCCAGUGUGUGGCCUGACCCUUCUUGGAGAGGUGAUAUUGCCUUGUUUGAGUUCAUGUUGUUUUCUUUUACUCUGCAGUGCCACACCAAGAAUAAUUUCGAAAGUAAAAAGAGAUGUAGAAGAAAUUGAAAAGAGAAAACCAACAGUGGUAUUAAAUCAUUCAGAACCCAUUACUAGUAUCCAGAUCUGGCUAGCAGAUGGAACAAGGAUAGUACAAAACUUUAAUAUUUCUCAUAGGUAAGAACCGAUUGUAUUAGCACACUCCCUUACAAGUGCAAUGCAAUCCUGUACAUGUCUAUUUAGAAUUAAACUCUGUUGAGUUCAACUGGACUCCCAGGUAAAUAUUCAUAUAGGCUUACAGAGGAAGAGAUUGUAACAUGGAAAGAAUUCCAUGGAAAGAAUCUCAGACCUAUCUGGGUUUUCAGAAUGAAGUCAUUGAGACCAGACAUUUAGUUUUGACUUAAUACCAUUUUUCUUAAGUCCCAAACAUGAUCGUUUUCAAAAUGAAAAUUUGUAGUACAGUACUGUUUUGUUUUCGGCAGUUCGAAUCCCCGCGACGGGGUGAGCUCCCAUUGCUCGGUCCCUGCUCCUGCCAACCUAGCAGUUUGAAAGCACGUCAAAGUGCAAGUAGAUAAAUAGGUACCGCUCCGGCGGGAAGAUAAACGGUGUUUCCGUGUGCUGCUCUGGUUCAUUAGUCAUGCGGCUUAGUCAUGCUGGCCACAUGACCCGGAAGCUGUACACCGGCUCCCUCGGCCAGUAAAGCGAGAUGAGUGCUGAAACCCCAGAGUCGGUCACAACCGGACCUAAUGGUCAGGGGUCCCUUUACCUUUACCUUUACUGUUUUGUUUUGUUUUGUGCUGGCCAGUUAGCACAAAGUCUUUGGAUUUGUGACAGCUUAGAAUCAUAUAUUUUUCAAUGUUCUGGUUAUAUCCAGUGUUGCAAACCCUGCUUUCUUGGUUUCAUAACACCAAGAACUUGUUAUUACAUAGUUUCACAUAAAGACUAACAGUGCUUUGCCUUGCCAUCAUCAUUUUGUUCAGAUCACCAGAACACCCUCUAUUGUCAUUUUACAAGUAUUGCAGGAUAAGGAAGGAGGUACUAUAUGAACAGAUAUCCCUGAUUGCAAGCAUGCUUUGUACCAGAAGACAUAUGUUUAUUAACAAUGAAAAUUCUGGUUGGCAGAAUUCUCUUCUCUACUGCAGACAAAACAAAACAUUCCCCUUCUCUCCUGUUCCUAUUGUUUCUCAGGUUUAGUUACUUUGGUAUGAAGUUCUGUGCAUGAAUACGUAGAGAGUCCUGAUGAACUCACUGGGAAUGAUUUCUGAAUAAACAUGCAUAGGAUCAGCCUAUUUGAAAGUUUGAAGAGGCUCUGAAGAAAAGCACUUCGUCUACUUUGGGUUAAACACGUUAUUACGUUUCCUAUAGGAUUGUUGUGCAUAAAGCAAUGGCAAUAUCUGGUUUAUAUGGGAAAGGCAAUCUAUAGAUUUGAGUGUGAUAAAGGAUUAUCUUUCUUGGUAUUAAUGGUUGGGCAUAUUCUCAAAGAGCGACACUAGCAGCUCUACAGUAAAUCCAUCAGUAUGCAGCUUAGUUAAUUUGGAUAUUUUAUUUAUUUAUUUUACAAAAUGUAUAAAAUGAAGAAGAAAAAAUAAAUCUCUAAGUUGUUUACAUACCAGUUUGGAUAGAUGGUUUAUGAGAAUUACCAAAGAUCAGAGCUUCUCUCUUCAAUUGAACCAACUUGCAAAUGUUUGAUGAAUUUAUUCUCAUAAACAUUUUGCCCACUUAACCUAGCAGUGAAGGAGGAUGAGUCGACACAAACCAGAUUCUGAGUGGACAUGCCACUCACUGGGCAAUGUAAGCGUUCUGUCAAAAACUUGUUUCCCUGAACCACACUUUCCUUACUGUAUUUGUACCCUAAAUGAUUCAAAAUAACGGUGGUAUACAGCUUGGUUUUUACCACUGUAGACCUGUUGAAAUUUACAGACUUUUUCGUGCUCGUUAAUUUUAAUAUGUCAACUUGAUGAGUAAGACUUCACUGAAUACCACCCACAGACUUUAAAAUAUAUAUAUUUGCUUUUCUUCCUAGAAUAUGGCACGUCAGAGAUUUCAUAGCAAAUUACCAAGGACAUCAAGGAAGAAGUCAUUUCACGCUGACCACAUCGCUUCCUUUUCACGAGCUGCUGAACGAAUCUCUCACCUUAGAGGAGGCUAAUUUAAAAAAUGCUGUUGUUGUUCAGAGACUUAAAAAAAAUGGCGAGCCUUUUCAGAGUUUGUCCUAGCAUCCUUUCUGAAGAUUGCCUAAGAUACAUUAGCGGUGGAGUCUUGGAGAAGAAGCAGAUGGUACCCACCAAACAGUUGCUCGGCUGGGUUUGUUUUACCAAAGCCCAGGAGGUGUAUGUAACCCCAAAAAGAAAUCAAUAGCAAUAUUUGUGGUGUGGUGUAUAACAUCUGCAGCGCUUGUUGGAAAAGUCAUAUAGCAUGUGCUGUACUGACUCCAGUGCAUUCUCUCUCUUUUUCUAUUUAUCAACCUAACUAGAAUAUAACGGGCAAUAAUUCACCAGGACAGCCAUCUUAAGCUGUGUGUUUUGUCAGCUAGAUAGCUGUGAUAGUCUUGCAAAGGGGCAUUCUAGAGAAACUGCUAGGCUUUUGUUCGCACUUUUAGUUACAAACUGGGGGGGAAAUGCACCUUGCUUUUUGAAGGUACUGCCGGUUGAUACUAUUCUUGCUUUCUGCUAUAGCCCAAUAUGCUUUAUUGUUUCCUCAGUGCCACAGUGCAGAAUUUAUGGGAGGCUAAUACUAACAUUUAAAGCUAAAACUAAUUUUAACACCUGAGGCAGCAGUUUCUAAAUUUUGAAGUAGUUGCUGCCUUCCUUGAAAACAUCUGCCAAUUCAUGUCUUACAAUACAAUCCUAUACAUCUCUACUCAGAAGUAAAAGUUCUGCAGGGCUUACACUUACGUGAGUGUAGGACUGCAGCCUUAAUCUCGUAUUGUGCCAUUAGAUCCAUACAUUAUGCUCAGUCUUGAAAAAUUUAUUUGAAACUGAACUCCACUGAUAUCAGUGGAACUUCUGCACUUAUGUGCUUGGGAUAGUAGUUUUAGCUAGUGAGAUGGAAGUAUAUGAAAUGAACAACCAAUUGCUUGAGAAGCAUUAAUUCAAAAGUUCAGCUGUAAGUUUGCCACAGGUCAGGAAGCUUUGUGGGCACUUUCCCACAACUAAUCACACAUGCAUUAUGAAAUGGUACGUUCUCAUUGUGAGAUCGUACCAUGUCACAACUGAAUAGUCUCACUGAAUAAAAGGAACAUGUUUUCACCUUGAAGCUUGUCUUAAAACCAUCAGAUGUAUUUGGCAUGGGCUUAUCUGAGCAUGUUGCUUUUUAAGAGUUAGAAUGCAGGUGUUGCUGGAUUACACCCCUCCUCUGGAGGAAAUGUUGUUGCUGUUGUUGUUGUUGUUGUUUACCUUGAAUGAUAGUCAGGGGUGCUGCAGGCAACAAUGGCCUCUGUCCCUCUUUCCUUCCCUCCCUGCUUUUAUGCCCUCUCACAUCUCUGCCACCCAAAGUCAUGCACAGCUGUUUGUGGCAGCAGCCCUGGCUACAAACUCCCCAGGCAAAUGUUGCCUCUGGGGCUGGUCCAGGGGGUGCUGGUUGCCAGGAGCUUAAGUGGCCUCGGAGUAAGCAAGCAAGGGGGACAAACAAGUCCCAUGGGUCAGUGUGAAGGGGCACCUCUCUUUGGGGUGGGAGGGGCAGCUCAGAGACCAGGGGUGACAGCAGCGGCUGCCCAGAGGACUCCCAAGGGGAGAGGGGAGAGGAGGCUGAGGGAACCCUCCACAAGGGAAGGUGUUCAAAAAAGGGUAAGAGGCUGGCAGCUCUGCAGGCAAGGGGUGACCUAACUGGGCUCCUGAGCCCCACAGGGGUGCCGCAGAAAGAACGUAGUUGGUCAAGGGAGCCACGGACUCAAAAAGGUUGAAAACCUCUGCCCUAUGCUAAGGAGAUAGAGAGAAAUUCAGGUAUUAAUUCUUCACAGCUGCUUCAUGACCCGGUGGAAUGGUCACUGAAGAAGACAGGUCUGGGAAACAAAGAGCCAUGUUAGUCCCAGUCAAGCCAUGGCGUCUCACCAGAGCCAGUGUGGUGUAGUGGUUAAGAGCGAUAGACUCGUAAUCUGGGGAACCGGGUUCGCGUCUCCGCUCCUCCACAUGCAGCUGCUGGGUGACCUUGGGCCAGUCACACUUCUCUGAAGUCUCUCAGCCUCACUCACCUCACAGAGUGUUUGUUGUGGGGGAGGAAGGGAAAGGAGACUGUGAGCCGCUUUGAGACUCCUUCAGGUAGUGAUAAAGCGGGAUAUCAAAUCCAAAUUCUUCUUCUUCUUCUUCUUCUUCUUCUUCUUCUUCUUCUUCUUCUUCACCUGCCCACCCACAGUGCAGAUACAACCAGACGUAUGCAGGAAGCAGAGGAGAGUUUUAAGGUGUUUUCGGGUUUUUUAGGCUUAUGUAUCUUUAUAAGAUGAAUUUGCCUGAUUUCCAAAAAUAGCAGCUUUUAUCCCCAUCCCACUCUGUGGCAGGAAGGGCACUGAACAACGAGGGCAUUAGUUCUCAUCUUUUAGUUAUAGGAAUGUUUGUCAGAAACAGGUGGCAAUCACAUUUUGGGGGCGCUGCUUAUCUGCAUCCUGGUUGUUAAGACUGUCGCACAUAGAUACUACUGGAGGAUGGGAAACAGCCUUAUCUGUGAGUUGCCAUUCUUGGUGGGGCAGUCCACCUGUCAAAGGGUUCUUCAGACAUACAGUUCCCCCCCAUGACUGUUGGGUACAGUUAUUUUUUUGUUUGUUCUCCAUGCAACUCUGUUUUAGAUCCAUGAAGGCCUAUAUACUGUAUUGUAUUUUUCACCUGUUAAAAUUUUGCUGAUGUUACUGUUUUACUGUUGGGUUGAUGAUUUGUUGUCAGCUGCAGAGGGAGUUGUCUUACAGCUGAGGUUUCAUCCUGAAUACAGUGGUACCUCGGGUUAAGUACUUAAUUCGUUUCAGAGGUCAGUUCUUAACCUGAAACUGUUCUUAACCUGAAGCACCACUUUAGCUAAUGGGGCCUCCUGCUGCCGCCGCGCCGCUGCUGCACGAUUUCUGUUCUUAUCCUGAAGCAAAGUUGUUAACCUGAAGCACUAUUUCUGGGUUAGCAGAGUCUGUAACCUGAAGCGUAUGUAACCUGAAGCGUAUGCAACCCGAGGUACCACUGUACUGGGCUUGGUCAAAAAUGGCUUCUGCCUGAUGAUCCAAGAGAAGGAGCUAGUGCAGUAGUCAACUGCCUCACGCUGAUACCACUGAGCAGAGGAAUUGACAGGGAAGUCCUCUGUUUGCUGGAGAAAGAGAGUGCAGUUUUGUUAAGCCAUAGCUCAGAACAGAUUCAUGCAUUUCGAAAAUGUUGUAGCCAGACGCCAGAUCACAAUGGCAACAUAUGCAAGGGCCAAUUGCAGAUGUCCUUCCCAGCGGCUUAUAAAAACUAAAUAAGAGUGAGGAGAAUGACCUGUGUAAUUGUCCCAUGCAGAAGUUCUUCAUGUUCUGCUUAAUCCAGCUGUGGGGAAGAGGUUUCACAGCAGAUGUUGGUGGCGGAUAGAGGGGUAGGAAAGGCAGGAGAAGUUCUGUUGUGCAUGCAAGAAGAGAUGUUUUAAUUUUCACCUGGAGUUUAGUACUCCAAACUUUAGGAUGCAUUCACAAGGUCAUUCUGCAAUUUAACCAUGCCUUAGCCUCAAAGGAUCUCCCUUCCCCGACUCCAAAUAUCUGGAGCAUUUAAAUGGCAGUAUUAUUAUUAUUAUUAUUAUUAUUAUUAUCAAUAUUUGUAUACCAUUUUUACUAAAACCAGAACAUUAUCAGGAAUGCACAUUUUCUGACUUCACUAGGUGAGUCAUUCCAGAUUAUUCAGCUGACUAAACUCUGUUCUUAGUCAUUUUUUCUGUAAUAAGGAAAUAGAACAGGGUUUGAUCUGAUUACCAUAGCCAACAUGGAGUUUGUACAGGGAGAUGAGUACUUAAAUUUUUAGCUUAUUUCAGGAAAGCUAACCUGGAAUGCUCUAAAUGCCAUGAAUGUAGAUUUAUAUUGUCUUCAGGUUUGAAAGCCUCUUGGAACAAUAAACUGGUUUUUUAUUAUUUAUUUAUUUAAACACAUACCCCAAUAAUGUUUUUUCUAUAUAUUUUUUAAAAAGAUUAAACAUAACAGAGCCGUAACUAAUGGACAUUAAGUGUAAUUGUCAACACCGUCUCUAAGAGAAAUCUCUCUUUGAAAGUCCUUAUUUUCUUUUAAACGGUAUUUACUGUAUUUGUCUGCACUUUUGAAAGAAAAUCAAAGAACGAAUAGGAGAAAUCGCAUUUCUGACAGUUUAUCAGUUACCGUCUUUGUAUAAAAAUGGACAUGUGUUUUACUGGAGUGCGUUAAUGGGGACUUCCAAUCUGUAUGCUCUCUCAGUGAAAUAGACAUGUCUGCUCAUUAUACCUGAUGGAACCUCGCACAAGACUUACACACUUCUUCUAUGUGGAAUAUUUUGUCUUGUGUUAAUCAGCCCUUAUGCACGCAAAGACAUUCGUUUUUCAUUACAAAAGCUCACCCAAAUUUGCAUGAAACCACUAAAAAAAAUAAAAUGCUGGCAUCUGUGUGUACACAUUUAUAUUUGCCGGUGCAGUGGGUACACAAGUACCCAUGGAGCCCUUCAGUUCUUCUCCCCUUACCCUCUCCCAUUGAAAUUAGGCUUGAAAGAAGUAUUCUAUUGUAGCCAAUAGUAAAAGUUGCAGAGUGUGUGAUGCCCAGGAUGUUUGCAAGUAUACACACAUACAAACACACAUGCACAAAGUUAUAUAUUCAGUCUUCUUGUAUGUUUACGAUGAUGCACUUGUACUGUUCAUAGAAACAGCAUAUUUUGUUAGUGAAGCAUGGAACAAUAUAUAGAAUUAUCCAAUCUACUAAUUGCUUUAGUGAUUAGAAAAUCUGGAUAGUGUUCUCUGUUCUUUGCUACAUGGAAUGCUGUAUAUAUUUCUCAAAGCAACUGAUUGUUGUGUCUUGUUUACCGUAGAUCCACAGAAAGCAAGUGCCUGCUAAUAUUGUUUUUUCUUCAUGCGAGAAGGAUUUGCUUUUUUGAAGUAUUAAAAGAACCAGAUGGUAUUUUCCCCUGAAAAAAGUUAUGUAUUGAUACCAAAUUGUUGACGUUAAUUAAUAUGCAUACCUUUACGUAGCUAUGCGUUGAACUGUAGGACACCAAUCCAGUAGCAACAUCAACUUUAUAUACAGUAUGUUGAAAAUCACACAUACAGUAUCUGUUUCAUAGUGUUCCAGUGUUAUAAAGGUAAAGGUAAAGGGAUCCCUGACCAUUAGGUCCAGUCGUGACCGACUCUGGGGUUGCGGCGCUCAUCUCGCUUUAUUGGCCGAGGGAGCCGGCGUACAGCUUCCGGGUCAUGUGGCUAGCAUGACUAAGCCGCUUCUGGCAAAACAGAGCAGUGCACGGAAACGCCGUUUACCUUCCCGCUGGAGCGCUACCUAUUUAUCUACUUGCACUUUGACUUGCUUUCGGACUGCUAGGUUGGCAGGAGCAGGGACUGAGCAACGGGAGCUCACCCCGUCACAGGGAUUCGAACCACCGACCUUCUGAUUGGCAAGUCCUAGGCUCUGUGGUUUAACCAGUGUUAUAAUAUUUGUUUAAACUUAGUGCCUUAAUAUCGUAAUAUGCAGCAAAGUCAAAGUGGCCUGGUAAUAAGAGAUGAGCAGUGUUGUUUCAAGAAGCUGGGCAUUCAGUUUUAGAUUAUAAAGCAAAUUAAUUAGUGCAUUUCUUAAAAUUGCUGGAAAAUGACUUGGCAUAGGCAAUAACCUUCCUGUUACAGUUCUUAAAAAGUGGUAGGAGACAUAAGGAACUUGCUGAGCUGAAAAGCAGGCAAAAAACAAUCCUGCAGGUGUUACUCUCCUACCACCUUUCAAUUUUGGAGGCAACUGUGGUUAGCUGUGUCAACCAUGGUUAGCCCAAACCCGUUUACAGACCCAUUUGAUCAGAUCACCAUAGAAACAGCAAUGUGCAGUGCUCUAUCAUACAUGUUGUUUUCAAAGUAAGUUCAAUGAGUUCAAUGGGACUUGCUCCCAGGUAAGUGUGUAGAGGCUUGCAGCCAGUUAGAACUGUGACAUCUAGAGAGUUGAAGACUGGAAAAUGGGAUUCUACAGACGCAGGAUUCACAGCGCAAUCACUAUGCAUGCCCUCACCGAAGCAAGCUUCUCAAAAGGAGCUGGUGUGUGCUUAGGUUGCAGCUGCAAUUUUUGGACCGGAUGCAGUUUAAACUCUUCAUUUGUUAUGAUUUUAAGCACAAUACGAAGAUUUUACUUUGAAACAUUUCCAGCACAGUACCGAACUGGAAAGAUGAGGCACAAUAUUAAUAGGGGGCUAUUUGUAGAACUAUUUGUAUUUAUAAAAGUUGCAGGGUGGUUGGUUUUUUUUUGAGACGAUGGUGGAAUGAAUACUAUUAAAAGCACUGUUUUAAGCCUGC